AUGAUUUCACAUGAUUUUACAGGUUUACCAUGGGCAACAAGUCACCUGCAUCACGAAGAAUUUGGAGAAUUUCGAAAAAAAAGUAAGAAAAAUCAUGAAAAUAGGAAAAACAAAGAAAUUCGAUUUUUCAGGGUCCCUUCACAAACAGUGCAAUUAUAGGAGCGAGAAAAACUAUAGUGGGUGGAUCGGUCGGAUGAAAUGGACUGUUGGUGAGUAGUUUUUUGUAUUUGAGCGAGUAAAUUUCAAACUCGACAUUCUAUGAUUUUGUGAACUUCAAGUCUGACCAUGUGUAUUGCAAGAAGCAUCUGCUUAUGUUUUACACAUGUCAAAUUUAGUAAAGAUUCAAUAUCAAAAUGAAAAGUUUGUGAAGAGCUGAGAGAAUUACAUGUUUCUCUCUCAAGAAAUACAUAUGUCUUGGUGGAGAAUGCUCAGCCAGUUUUCAACCCAAAAUUGGCCUAAAUGUUGAUAAAACUUUGGUGAAACUUUGACUAAGUGUCAUCCGACUCUAGCAUCCAUACGUGUUUUAUAACAUCGAAAUUAAAUGGGAAAUUUAUUGAAAUGAAUGAUAGAAAACUUGAAGUCUUUGGGUAAUUGAAUCACCAUUGCUUGUCGAUAUUUUACAUUUUACAAGACAUUUGAAACUGUAUUACGAAAUCGAGCAGAAGUUUCAGAAUAUUAUUCAGACUUGGAAAGAAAGAAAAUCAUAGAAAUGAACAAAACUAUAAUUAUCAAACUAACUUUUUUCAGACAUCACCCACCAACACCAAAAAUUGCCGACUUCAUCUUCGAACAAUCGAUUUUGGACAAUCGACGAUGGACUAAAUGAUUUUUUUAGUCCAAAUAAAUUUUUUUCUCGAAACUUGUGA